AGAGCAAGGAAAUGCCACCGAGCGAAAGUGCCGAUUCCCAUGCGUUUGACAGUCUAGAUUAGACAGUUCCUGACAUUAAUAAAAACGGCAUAGCUUAUCAUUUUUCAGCCGGUACUACAAUAGCUACUUGUGAAUACAAGCUGAAGCUCGUGAGUCUUCAAGGUUAGUGGAGUAGCCCACCGCCAAAGAGUCAAAGAAAAAAAACAAACGAAGACGGGACUAUCGAUGAAUAAAUGAACAUAGACAAAGCUACUCUUUACGCCUGAAAGGAACAACAUCAGGAACUUGAGAAAUGUCUACAUUUUAGCACUGGACGGGAAUUCGGACGGAAACACCCUUUACAGAUGUUCGCGUAGCUCUUAACGGCAAAUCGGAGCGAGUAGCUUUAGUUCUUUUCUCCACAUUGAAAUUCCGGUGGAAAUUUUAGAAGCAUCCGGAUCCGGAGUCGAAAGAAAGGAAAGAACAUUUACACACAUUUUCACUUCUCAGGAAGCUAUUGUGAUCGGAUAAAACCAUAUGGAGCUUUUGUAACGAAAAUGGGAAGAGGAGCCUGAUCUGUCCUGUAAUAAUGUAUCCACAACAUAGAGAAAGGGAGCAGCCCAUCUUCAGUGCCCGGGCGCACGUCUUCCAGAUCGACCCGGCGACCAAGAGGAACUGGAUCCCCAGCAGCAAGCAUGCCGUCACCGUGUCCUUCUUCUACGACGCCAACCGGACCGUCUACCGCAUCAUCAGCGUCGGCGGCACGAAGGCCAUUAUCAACAGCACCAUCACGCCCAACAUGACCUUCACCAAAACCUCGCAGAAGUUCGGUCAGUGGGCGGACAGCCGGGCCAACACCGUCUACGGCCUCGGCUUCGCCACCGAACAGCAGCUGCAGCAGUUUUCGGAACGGUUCAGUGAGGUGAAGGAGGCCGCUCGCCUGGCACGGGAGAAAUCGCAGGAGAAGUUCGAGCUGACCAACCCUGCCCUCAACAUCGCAGCGCCACAGGACAUGUCUGAGGACCGGCAGUCACCCCCCCUGCUGUGCGAGAACGGCCCUGGGGAGGACAAGCUGUUCCGGAGCCGGAGCGCUGACAUCGAGCUCUCCGCCGAGAAGGAGCGCAUCAAGAAGAUGCUCUCGGAAGGGUCGAUAUGCGAGAUGAACUUGGAGGCGGAGCUGUUCACUCUGCAGGACAGCAACGCCAAGCUGGUGGCGGCGCUGCAGGAGGCCAACGCUAACGUGGAGCAGUGGAAGAAGCAGCUGGCCGCCUACCAGGAGGAGACGGACAGACUGCGCGACAAGGUGGCGGAGCUGGAGGCUCAUGGGGCGCGGCUGUGUCCCGGGGAGACGGUGAAGGACGAGCUGACGCAGUCGUUGGAGGAGCUGGAGGCCCUGCUCAAGGCCAAAGACGAGGAAAUCCACGUUCUGCAGGCCAAGAAAUCGGAUUUCCACGAGCUGGAGCAAGCAAGGGCGGAGGCCAUCCGCAGACUACAGGAUCUGGAGAGGAGGAACGUGGAGCUGGAACAGCGAGUGCAGCACGCCGAACACACCCUGGCCUCCUCCAGGGAUGAGCGGGACCUGGCCAGGCGGGAGGUGCACAAGGCCCUGGACGUCCUGGACGUCAAGAUCUUCGACCUGAACGACCUGCGGCAGAGCCUGGCCAAGCUAAUCGACAAAUAGCCUGCAACCCGACACCAGAGAGACAGAGAGGGAGAGAAAGAGAGAGAGAGAGGGAGAGAUAGCAGGGGCUCUUUCCAAUUGCUUAUGUCAUCUCGGCUUGGCUUUUCUGGCACCUUUUCCUGCUCCUAGCUCCACCCGAUGGGAGAGGUUAGGAAAAAGGCGAGAAAAUGUGAAGAUGGAGAAAAUGUGAAUUAGGCAAAUAGAAUGUCCUUUCUCCUUCAAAGGUCAGUUCGAAGGCACGUCAGUUACAGACACGGUGGAUACAAGGGGGUGGAUCCACAGGUCGAUCAUUUAUCAGGUCAGGCUUUCCGGGAAAAAAAAUACUUCCGCAAAGGAUGUGCUCAUGUUUCCUUGGCUCAAAGAAGUGUUUGGGAGUUCCUAACUUCUACUUCUGGCUCCUAGAUGGAACAUUAAAUGGGUUGGAAUGUCCUAAAAGAUAGUGGACCUCGAUCAAGUUCCCGGUCAGGGGCCACGAAAAGAGGUGAAAAAUAAGCCAUUGGAAUGAGCCCCAUGUCCAUAUCUACUCUUGCACAAGCACAUUUCAGCACAAGAUGAAAGCAAGAAGGACGGGCUGCCUGUCUCUUAGGAGUCUUCUGCUACAGCACAGUCCAUUACAAGAAAAUUAGAUGCUUUUCAACGUGGUGAACUUAUGGUACGGUAAUACCCGCAUAGGCGUUUUUUCUUCUUCUCUCGUUGUUCCUUAGUGACGGGGUUCACGUAGUCAUUCUGCUUCAUCCCAGGUACUUCAUGGUAUUAUCAAAAACUCUCGUCAGUCUCAACAACAGAGAAUAGGGCCAAACUUUUAUAUAAGCUUGUUCUAGUCCUGGCAUUACCUAGACUACAGUGAGUAGUAUUGUUACUACAAGCGCAAUUUUUUACCUUAUAGAUAUUGAGUUUUGGAAACUCAGGAAUACCAUGGGUAGGUGCGGUAAGAAUCCCCAAAUGGGUAGCUUUGAAUGGGGAAGCACUCACCCCAGAUCUACAGCAGGGUUCAUCCUCUCAAACCUCCAGCCAAUUGCAGAAAAUGUGGGAGAAAAUGUAGACGAAACUAACAUUACAUAGUCACAAGAACAAUUGCUGCUGCAUUCUACUUCUUUUGGCAAUGCAAACGGGUACAUUGACCAUUCUGAAGUUUCAUGUUUACUUAGGCAUGUGUGAACUAAAAAUCCAUCCAUCUAUUUUCUAAACUGCUUACUCCUGGUCAGGGUCGCUGGAGGACUGGAGCCUAUCCCAGCAUGCAUUGGGCGAGAGGGAAGAAAUGCAUCCUGGACAGGUCACCGAUACGUCAUAGGGCACACGCACACCAUUCAUGCAACACAUUCAUACUCUUAAGGGCAAUUUAGACUCUCUGAUUAAUGUACCCUGAAUGUCUUUAGAAAGUGGGACAACCAGAGGAACCUCACACGGACAUGGGGAGAACAUGCACCAUGCACACAGAAAGGCCUUUGUUGGGUACCUUUCUGGUACGUUCUUGCGGAGAGGCAACAGCAAUACUCACUGCACGGCUAUGUUGCCAUGAAAUCAGUUUCCCCACAUUAUCUUUGAGUAAUUCAUGUUGCAGCAUUUCCGAUUCAUUGUGACCUUAUAGCUACCGAUGUAAGUGUAAGUGAUCAGCUACCAGCAUUAAGACGAAAAGAAUCGCAAGUUAACUCACUUGCUUGGAAUUAUGGUACAACCAUAUGUCUUUUUUGUCACUUUCUUAAGCAGAUAAUCAGACAACAUGGACUAAAUUCCUCAUGUAGAAAAUCCCAUCCCCACUGUCAGAAUCUGUUAUGCGAUAUUAUUAUUCCAUGUUUCCUGUUUAAGAAAGUACCAAUUUAAUCUUUUGUGUUUAUUGAACUGUUGAAAAGGGUAAAAACAAUUAUUUUCAAUUUUUCAUAACCGAUUACUCUCACCUACAGAACAAGACAAAAAGGUAUGCAACGGUUGCAGGUUUAAUUACUGUUAUCAAAUCUAUGUGACAGUCCUGAUGCUAAGGUGGAACUGUAUUACAACCGAUAAUUAAAAUGUGUUGGAUGGCGAGGUGGAGGGGAGGAGAGGUGUGGCAUGUAUUAUUAGAGUUAGAGUUCAGAACAUACCAAAAAUGUGUGCCCGAGCAGAGCUUUUCUACCAUCUUAUAGAACUAACUAAUAGAACUUUCACAUCCGUCAUUUGCUUCAUGUCUGAAUGAUUAUUGAACAUAAUUGCACAAAACACUUCGUAGGUAAUUAGACGCAUUGAAUUCACAGUAAAAUCUUCAAGGAUCUUGCAAAAGAUUAAUUUGAUGUUCAUGUUAAGUGGAUUAUUUGUGGCUUGUAAACAUUUUACCCUAGAUUUUGCAGUUGCUAGAGCUGGAUACACACUUAAUCUCAGCAGCCGUGAUUUUAUCCUCUAAACAAGGAAGCUUUUAGCUUGACAGCAAUGGAUUUGCAACUGCUUCCAUUUGCUUUGUUUUGCCCUGGUAGCCGUGUAGAAUUUCUAUACUAUAAAGUGUACGUGAAAAUGGGACUGUACAGUAUUGCGUGAACUCAGUUUCUAUUAAUUAUUCUAUUCUUUUUACACAAAAGAAUUACACAAAUCUUGAGUGCAGAUCAAUAUGGUGUCAUUAUACGUUGUCUAUGAUGAUCAAUCUUAUAUGCAGUUAUUCAAUGUGUAUUCCCAUCUCGUAAUUACGCUGAUAAAAGAACACAUUCAUUAGGGAUUAAGUCUGACGAAGCAGCCUUUGCUUGUUCGUAUCCCAUUAAGAAUGCCCAUUAGAACUUGGUGACUCCUCAAAUAUAUUAAUGCAAUUGUGAGUACCCUCUCGUUGCAGUUCUGUUCUAAACCCUGCUAAACCAUUGAUGUGUAAGUUUGUGAGAGGUCUUGAGUACACAGCCGUGUCAAAAUGAUAUGAAAUAGUCGUAAUUUACUCAUUAGGUGGUGCCACUAGAGAGCAAGCCCGUAAUGCAAAAAUUAAAUUUGAAUAUGUAUAUUCAUAAUCAUCUUUAAAUAAUGAUUAAGAAUAUGGUUAUAUUUCUUUAACAAGAAAAAGUGCAUUAUUCAAGAAAACUGGGAGAAUUAUAAUGUCUAUGGGAAGAAAAGACUGGGAGUUGAAAAUGAAACAUUCAAAGCAGAGACAUUUUGAUUUUGUCCUUUGUCAUAUUGGUCUUUAUACAGCCCCACAUUGUGUUAAUGGACCUACUGCAGAAGCUUUGACAGCUUUAUCAGCCAAUCAACGAUCUGUGUGUGCUAAUGUCACGUUCAAAAUUAAAAAUUGAUGUCUUGUGUAUUUUAGUUUACCUAGUUUGAGGAAAAAGGAAAAAAAACAAAAACACUUUUGACUAUUUAGAGAUUUGUUUACAGAACUGAAGACUGCAUGUUGUAGGGAGACGUGAACAUUGUAUUACACUUUAGAACUGAUUAGAAGAUUUAUGCAGUCAAAAUCAUUUAGAAAUUAUUUUUAUGUGUAUAAAACUAGAGGUUAUACAAUGCUGAAUUUAUAAAGUAAAGCUGAUUGCUCCUAAUAAUGCAUAAGAUAUCAACAGCAGAAUGUCUGACUAUGGCAUAAUUGGUCUUAAAUAAAAGUGCAUACUUAGGUA